GGUGUUACAGCUGUCAGGAGUAACAGCUAGUACCUCGUGCCGGCUAACGCUGUGUGACCCGCCCCACUCAGCUCAACCAAGACCCUGACAGCGGCACCCGAGCGGCCUAACGGUUCACUUUUUACUUGUUUUUACUCUUUUACACCCAAUAAUUCUUUUUAAAAACCUCGUUUUUAAUUUUUAAAGCGUCAGCCGCCGCCUCCUCCCCGCCGAGCACGUUCCUUGAGCUGCAGCGUGUAGUGGAGACUGCAGGACCUGUUGCCGGGGCCCUUCAACUGCCGAAGCGUGUCAGAGAACCGGGACGUGACUUCCUUCAGCACCUCACCUACCCAGCCAGCCAGUGAAUGUCAGGAGACCGGGGAAAGCGCCGAGCACCCGCCAUGUCCAGUCCGCCGGCGGCCGACACCCCACUCCCCUCCCCGAGAUUCAGCGUCCUCUCAUGGCCGCAACUCCACCGCCUGGAUGCCAUCCUCGGGGAGACCGUGCCCAUCCAUGGAAGGGGCAACUUCCCCACCCUGUCCUGCCGGCCUCGGCACCUGGUGCAGGUGGUACGGAGUCGCCUACAGCAAAAGGGUAUUGUAGUUCACAAUGUGCGACUAAAUGGUUCUGCUGCAAGUCAUGUGCUACAUGAAGACAGUGGCCUUGGCUAUAAGGAUUUGGACCUUAUAUUUAUUGUGGACUUGAAAGGGCCUGAUGCGUUUCAGGUGGUGAAGCAUGCAGUGUUGGAUUGCCUCUUGGACUUCCUGCCACCUGGCGUUAACAAGGAAAAGAUCACGCCAAUGACUUUAAAGGAAGCUUAUGUACAGAAGCUAGUUAAGGUUUGUACUGAAAGUGAUCGCUGGAGUCUGAUAUCCUUGUCAAAUAACAAUGGAAAAAACAUGGAAUUAAAGUUUGUGGACACUCUAAGACGUCAGUUUGAGUUUAGUGUUGACUCAUUCCAGAUCAUACUGGAUUCAAUGCUUUUAUUCAACCAGUGUUCAGACACUCUGAUGACUCAAAGCUUCCACCCCACUGUGACUGGAGAGAGCAUGUAUGGAAACUUUGAGGAAGCCAUGGACCACUUGCGUAACAAGAUCAUUGCUACACGUAAGCCAGAAGAGAUCAGGGGAGGUGGACUUCUUAAAUACUGCAACUUGCUGGUUCGUGGAUUUAAACCAAAAUCGGAGGUGGAUAUGAAAACAAUGCAGCGGUACAUGUGCUCUCGAUACUUCAUAGAUUUCCCAGAUAUAAGAGAACAGUUAAGAAAGCUAAAGUGCUACCUGCAGGACCACUUUGUGGGCAUGGAAGGCAAGCGUUAUGAUUGCCUGAUGACCCUUCACAAUGUGGUGAAUGAGAGCACAGUAUGUUUAAUGGGACAUGAGAGGCGCCAGACAUUGACACUAAUUGCCUCUUUAGCACUUCAGGUACUAUCUGAGCAGAACGCUGUUCCAGCUGUCCCAAAUUUCACCUGCUACUACCAGCCAGCUCCAUUCAUGAGUGAUGGGAACUACAACAGCUACUAUUUCACUCCUCUACAGCCUCUUGUGUCCUGCAGUCACUCCUCAUACCAGACAUGGCUCCCAUGCUGCAACUGACAUGCAGCCUGAGCAGUGACUGGGGUAUAUGCUUUGCUGUUUGGUCUCCUACACUUAACAGGGAAACCUACAUUUUGUGUUCUAAUUAAAGUGGCUUUUUUUUUUUUUUUCCUCCUAGCUAGAGAUCAUAAAAUGCAUUUUGCAUAUACUCUUUCCAUCAAACAGGACUUGCUGAAGGACUACCAUUAGUAUUCAAGUUUUUUUUUUUGUUUUUUUUUUCUCCCCCCUACGACUUCUAUGUAAAACUGCUGCAGGCUUUAGAAAUGUAAAUACUGGGUGUUUGGACCAAAGAAUAGGAGUUAAAACUCAAGUGCCUGAUUGGUUUAACUCCUAGCUUCCAGAGAUCCUAGCUUCCAGAGAUCCUUUCUGCCUACUUUCAGUGUUCAAAUUGCUUAACAAGUUUGCUGAACAUCCUACCAGCUCAGCUUCUGACUUUCAUGUCAUUACAUCACUGACUUGUAGGGUAAAGUAGCUGUUGGUGACCCACACUUGUCAGUUUGUAGUGUUUAAGUGCCAUUUCUUUAAGCACUUGGCAUUUGCAGAGAAAUCCAGUGUUUCAUAGCAGUCUUUCAUUUAAAAAAAAUAAAAAUAGACUUUAAUAUUCUGUUUGGUGCUAUGGGGCCACUUCAGUUUCCGUCACUGCUUUAUUACAUUAAACGUAGAUCAUGUCAACUCCGAUUUCUAAAAUUGCCAGAUGCAAUAGUGUGGUGUGAAUUUCCAACAGUUUGCUCUCCCUUAGAAGUACUGAUCUACAAAUAUUUUAGAAGUGCUGGUUUGUUUGUAUCAUAUAAACAAUAACUGCAACCCAAUGCACGAAUUUAUAGCUUUUAGAACACAACUUAUUGGCUUACAAUGAUUAGAUUUUGAAAGUUAUUAAAGUUGAGCUGUGUUUGGAAAAUUGCACCUGGAAGAAUUCAAACUGCCUACUUUCAGGAUUGUGACUAGUUCUAGAAUACCCUCUGUAUUUAUAACAGGCGGUCUUCCAGCUGAUUUUACACAUUACAAGGGUUUCAGAUGUA